AUGGCCAAAAUUCGUCAGGAAACGGAAGCAGCUAUUCACGAGGUUAGUUUUAGGCUAGAUUUCAGGUCUUUCAGUACGUCUGUAUUCAGUUUUUCGUCUNACGGGUAUUUGCUCUCUGCUCCAUAGCUAGCGUGAGAAAGGCCAGGCACUUGAUUCCUGCAUGUGUAAAUUGAUUUCUCUGUGGAGGUGCCUCACGUCAUCAAAGCGCUUUUUCCUUCAAAUGUGGGAAGGGCGAGGAAAGCGCCCUGGGACCGAGGCUGGUUUCACGGCUUCUAGAAUAUCAAAAUUAUCUAGCGGAGUUGAAGGUACAGUGCACAAUGCAUUUAUGAAAUAAAGUUCAGCGCAUGUCGAGUACAAACUAUGGUCUGCGCGCUUCAAGGCUAAAGUCUCCUUUCAACAACAGGGCAGAAAGAAGAGGUCGGCAAAAAGAUUUGUGUGACAAACGUGACCGGGUUAUUACUUGAGGGUUUUGUCGUGAUCAUUCACUUAACUUUACGGUGUUCUGUGCUUUUCCAAAAAGAUCUGUUUAAAGGAAGAUGAAGUUUGGCCGGGCGGAAAAUCUUUUUGAACAUAGUUGUAACAAAAGGUUUUACCGUGUUCUUUCUUCUGCUGUCAUAUUGUUCACUAAUAUCACAGGCGUCCCAAGCUCACGGUACGAGUGUGUUAUGUAAAUUAACUUUCUCACAAGAGAGUCAGUGUCGCGUUACAAGCAACCGUUGAGAAUUUGUAUGAGAAAUAAAAUACUGAGGUCUGCGCACGCUAAAUAUCAUUAUUUUUACUUUUUUUCUAUAAAGUAAAUAAAGGAGACUUACCUAUGAUGUAUUCCUGUACUUUUUGGUGUGAAUUCAUCGAAUUAGUCGGGGUUUUUUUUUCACUCUUUUGUGGGAAAGUUAAUUUACAGAACACAUUCGUAACGUGAUAUUGGAACGCCUCUGCUGAUAUUAAAAAAAUUCUUAUUUGUGGUUUGAUGCAGUGUGAAGCUACAUUUGUCAACAAAAUGGCCAAAAUUCGUCAGGAAACGGAAGCAGCUAUUCACGAGGUUAGUUUUAGGCUAGAUUUCAGGUCUUUCAGUACGUCUGUAUUCAGUUUUUCGUCUGUUACUUGUACACUGUGCAGCAAAUAGUCUCUUUUUCCAGGCAAACGCACGGCUUAAUCAAGCAGAGAGGGACCGAGCCCAGGUACUACAUUUACAAAACACUUUCAGAUUAUCGUGGGUACCAGAUGAGGUAAGAAUAGACCUAUAGACUGUACUGAGAUAUUGGGGCUUAUAGAGGACAAAUACAAUAAACUGUUUACUUAAGGUGUUUCGAUACAGUUUUUCGAAAACCAUACCGAUAUCUUUCCAUCGCUUAAAAAGUGAUUUUAUCCUGGUCCGAUCGCUAUAAAAUGUUCACCACUGACUGACUUUGGAUUGAAGUUUUUCAAAAUGUAGCAUUAAGUAAAAUCGAUAUCACUAUGAAACAAUAAACUAAAAAACUUUCAAAUCGCAAUCUAGACCUGCUACUGAAAAUCCGACACCAGGAACUGGUUUUUGCCCUUCCUCGUCACACAAGACACGAAAAGAAUUUUACUACUUUUAAAUCCUUAGUUAAGACUCUUUUAAUAUAAAUCAGCCUAUAUGAUAUACAUUCAUAUGCGAAUUUGUCCGUUACAAGUAAUAAAAUUACUAUUAUUAUUAUUAUUAUUAUUACUCCCCGAGAAGUAAAAAAUUGUUUGUUUGAAUUCAAAUAAAACGUAAAUAUAUUUCGAACCUUAUUUUUUCAUAUUGUGCCGAUACAGCAAAGUUCCCACAUCUUUUCAAUCCCCGUAUUGUUGACUUGAUUGCUAUCACACGCCUGUUGAUUGGUUAGUCUUAACCACUUUUUAAUCCAGGUAUUUUUUUCGCAGCUUGUUAACUGUUGUUCAAACUACAAAUGUCGAGCGCCAUUCACUCAAGUAAGUUUUGUGUCUUUCACGCAAAAGUUGUUCCCAGAGCCUUUUCCUUUAGAAAAUGGGCGGGGGCCCUGGAAAGGAGGUUGCAUUUUCAUAGACAUUAUACCCAAUUUGUGCCGUAGAAGCUCAUAUUCUACGAUAUCUACCUUAUGUCAACUCAAUUGAUAAACCUAAUUUUCGAUCGAAAACGGACACCAGAAGUCCACAGAACAAAUUUCCUUUCCAAGAAAAGGGAAGUGUAGGCGCAAUCAGGGUUAUUCUAUGGACAUCAAACCUCUCAGGAUUAGAAAAUUAGAAAACGUGUGUUUGUUCUUUUGAUUGGUUUGGGUUCUAUUGGCUUAACACAGAUGCAUUUGGUGUUUGUUGUAGACUAGAAGACGCCAUCAUUGUCGAUGCUGCGGCCGCGUUUUCUGUCACAACUGCACAGAUCAGUCAGCUCCGUAAGUUCAACAUGUUUUACUGUAUUAUCAGUUGUAGGUGUCACAGUUUUUUGUCUCGUGGCCAGCUGAUCACUAGAGAGGAUAUCCUCUCUUGCUGAUUAACAGAAACUGACAGAGGCAAUCUUAAAAGAUAAGAAAUUUUAAGCCGUUGAAGUUUCAUCGUGAGCUCUAAGUUUUUAAACUUCCCAGUUUAUAGGAUAAGCAGCCUCCGCUGGCCGGACCACAAAUUCUGUGGCGGUCUUUCGUAAUUGAGUCACUGAGGGAAGAGACAUACAUUCCUUCCCAAGUGGGAAAAACUGUGUUACACUACAGGCUAACGAGCUCGUUUCCGGUGAAGAGAGUAAGAGAGGCGCUCAUCUCUUCACAUAGUCUUUUAGUGGACAAAUUAACAACGAGGACAUGUCUUCUUUUUCAGGAUUCCAGCGUUUGGCUACAAUCAGAAUGUCAGAGUUUGUAAUCCUUGCUUUGCUUUGCUUGAUGAAAUGUUUUGUGAAGAACCAAUUGCUUACACAGACCCCACGUGA